AAGUACUCAUACUUUGAUAUGUGCAAAUCAGAAAACAAUAGUAAAGCAAGUAGUCAACUGUUGAAUUUAGUAAGACAAGUCUACCAGUCGAAGGAACCCAAGUCAAGAUGGGAAGCCGCUGUACGCUUUCGAGAAGCUCUUGAACAGCGAAUUAAGGACUCCAGAGGAGGCUAUAGUCGAAGCAGUUCGACAGUGAAUUUGAACGUCCUAGAAGAAAUAUAUCCCAAUCUUGCAAACUUAUUGAGCUCAAAUGACUUAUUAGAAAGAGUCACUGGUGUGGUUUGCUUGAAUUGUUUGUUAGAUCUUCACGGAGAGCCUUAUCGAGAAAAGGUUCAACGAACCUAUAAUGGGUUGCGCACAGUUAUUCAAGCUAUAGACUCUAUUCCCCUUAGUCCUAGAACUACUGAACUAUUUUUAUUUUCGUGUAGCACGGGUAUUUUGAGAACAGAUACUAAAGACUCUUCUGAAAUGGAUUUUAUGCAACAUGAUCUUGUUGAAGUUGAUCUCAUUGUGACUACUGCCGCAGCUCUUGGAAGACUAGCAAGAAUUGAUGGUCUGCUAGUGAACCGAUGUGUAGAGACGGAAAUAGUGAGAUGUUUCGAGCGAAUGACUGUUAAAAGUCAUGAAAAUGUCCACAGUAUAGUGGCAAAGUCUUUAAGCAUUGCGAUUUUGAAAGAAAUCAUUUCCAACUGUCCAUUGUUUUUCUAUAGCAGAAGGACGGAAUUCAUCAAACAAAUAUGGUCCGGUUUAUGGGACACACGUUCCAUUAUUCGCUUAGACUCUGCUGUGUGUUUACAAGUGUUUAUACAUAAGGUUUUGAAACGAUACGCCAGCGAAAUGGAGUUUCUGGUAGGGAAGCUUGUAGAUACAGCCAUUGGCAUUCUUCAGUCACUGAAUAGUGAAGAUGGCGACGAGAGAGAUUCAUUUAGCGAUUGUGACAGUGAAUGUGAAGCAGCAGAAUUAUCUCCAGAGAAACUUGCCAAACUACAUGGUUGUUUGCUGACUUUGGAAGAGCUUUUGAAAGAUCAAGAUACUCGUGAAUUGUUAAGGGAACACUUUCAUCUCCUGUGUAGGUUUAUGCUAGGUUUCCGAUCUCUUACAAGUUUCAGUAUCAGAAGUACUCUUGGCUCUUGUCUUACUGCAUUGGCUUCUUUAGACCCUGAACUUUUUUGUGAUCCUUCUAAAGGCUAUUUAGACAGAGCUGUUCAUUUAUUUAAGGAGUUCAAUGAGUUGUAUGUUGAAGUGAAUAAUCCAGGUUAUCAUAUAUUGUUGUUUGGAAAACUGGCUUAUGGUGUUGGAAUUGAACAUGCAAAGAGCUGGAUUGACGUUGUAUUUAAGAUGAUAACGGAGGCUUUGAUGCAAAAGUCUGAAUCAACACAUGGACCUAACAAAGGUCCUUUGGCUGAGUCUAUCUUCACAUGUAUCUCUCUUUUAGCGAGUAGUAUUCGUGAUAACGAUCCUCGUUUUGUUGCUGUCUUUGAAGAACUAAUUGAUUUGAUGUUCGCACACCAACUUUCUCCAGCUCUUGUAGAGUCUCUAGGCUGCAUUGCCAAAUAUUUUCCAUUUUUCCUUGUCGAAAUUCAAGACCGAUUGAUACUUGCUAUUGACCGUAUAUUUUUACAACUGAAUAACCAUGAAAUGAACGCUUUGCCCAGUUCAAGAGUGAAUAACAAAAGUUACAACAAGAAACACAGCAUGGUAAGAAAAUUUGACGAGACACGCUCGUGGAGCAAGGAAGAAUUAUUCUGUUUAGAGCUUGCCUUAAAUACUCUUUCGUCCUUUGAGUUUGAAGGACAUUUCUUUUCCCCUCUUAUUCGUGAAAAAGUUGCUGAACUAAUGGACUGUGGAGUUUCUCACAUCCGACGUUUAGCUAUGUUUGCAUGUUGCAAAAUGAUUGCCUCAUGGAUUCCAUAUUGUCUUAGUAGCUCAUCAUGUUCUCCUCUUAUAAAAAGAGUGCGGGAUAGUCUCAGUAGAGAUGUGAAAGCUUUAACUGAGCAAAUCCUAACCAGUUCCAUCACAGAUCCUGAUUCUUCUAUACGUCUAGCAGCAUUAGAAGGACUAUCAGAUGAAAGAUUUAGCUGGCAUGUCUCACAACCAGAGGCAUUGGAGAAACUUGUCAUUGUUCUUUACGAUGAAAAUAUUCCGACAAGAAAAGCGGCACUGGAGCUUUGUGGGAGAUUAUCAAAGUAUAAUCCGGGUGUCAUUUUGCCUGUUUUGAGGCGAUUGUUGUGUCAAAUACUGAGAAUUGUGGAGUACAACGGUUCAAGCGAGGUAUUGCACACUUUAAGAAGCAAUGCUUGUGUUCUAUUAGCUUCAUUAGUCCGCGAGACAUCUUCUUUGGUUGAGCCAUAUGUUGAGCCCAUUCUUACCGUGUUAUUGUGGAGGAUGAAGCAUAUCUUACGCGCACUUUCAUCUUCAAGUGUUCUUGACAGCAGAGCUUUGAAUGCUCAGACAGAAAUAUACAGCGCUAUUGGUAACCUUGCCGUGUGCUUUGGACAGUCUUUUAGUCUCAUGAAAUUGUUACCGGAUGUCAUCUCAACUUUAAUUAUGACGGUGGAAGAUGAAUUGCUCGAUGCCAAAGCGAAGGUUGCUGCCACGAAUGCUCUUUGUUUGGUGGUUCGAUACUCUAAAAUUGUAUUAACUCCAUAUUCGAGUCAUCCUGAGCUAUUAUCCAAGUUGAUGCGUAUUAUUCAAAUGGAUACAAAUGCUGAAGUUCGCCAAGCUGUGGAACGCUUAUUGGGCACUAUUGGUGCGAUUGAUCCGAAAGAGGUUGAAUACACUUCUUUGAAUGAAACUGAAGAAGAGGAAACCGUCAGUACGUUGGAAUCGCUAUCGAUGUCAUUCAAUCACAAUAAUUUUCGGAAAUCCCCUCUUUUGCGAUCAUCAGAUGAUCACUCGUAUUCUCAUCAGUUGGAGAAUUCACCCAACUCUAUGAGAAGUCAUUCCAAGGCCUCGUUCUCGGAUUCUCAUUUGAGUCAUUCUUCUGGUUCUGAAACUGCAUUUCGUUCUGGUUUGCGUUCCAGUAGUUUUGAAGAGGGCUUACUGUCGCCUGCAGUUUUGGAGAUUGCAUUUAGCAAGAAGAGUUUGGUGAGUCGUCUGGACCGUCCAUAUUCCAAGUCAGAUGACUAUUUUUAUGCGGCAGCUUUAGAUUGUCUUCAUCGAAUCGUAUUGGAUCCCAAAUCUGCACAAUAUCAUCGUGAAGCACUUCAUGCUAUGGCUUCCAUUGUGAAGAGUUUUCAUUCAACAUGUAUGUGGUUGGUACCAGUUACCCUUUCAAAGUUAUUGUGGCUUUUGAGACCUGCAGGUACGAGGAUUGUUCGAAAUACUAGCAUACUUGAGAGGAAUAUUACAGAAGAGGUGUCUAAGAAUAAAAUUGGUAUUUCCCCGAAACGAAGGACUGGAAGUGUUGAAAGCGCAGAUUCCUUAAGUGGCUCCUCUCCUACAUCGUCUCCAGUUAUUAGCAGUGCGGCACUUUAUGUUACACAUGGCAGCAGUAGUUCAUCUUCUUCUUCAGCAACGCACUUGGAUCCUCAUUUGAGAGAAUUUGUUCUUCGUUUGCUAUGUAGUUUGAUAGAAUUUGCUAAACAGAAUGUACGUUCCUUUGCUAGAGACAUAGUCGCUACUGUUAGGUAUUAUUGGGAAAGAGAUCCAUCUGUUUCAGAACUGAAGGUUAUUUUUGAAAUAGUUCGUUUAUUGAGUUGCAUACUUUCGGAUGAAUUUUAUGAGUAUAUUCCAGCUUUUGCGGCUUGCAUCACAAACACUUUGCGUUCAGAUUCCUCAAAUGAUAGAGAAAUAACUAUUCAUAUGCUUGCAAUGCUUGAAUUCUUUGGGCCUCAUUUAGAUGAUUAUCCUUCUAUCUUACGUGAGAUUUUGAAGACUCUUCUUGAAGUGAACUUGAAUGUGAAUACAAGAAAGAAGAUAUUGGAUUUCAUAGUUGCUAUCAUACCUCACAUUCAGGUCACCGAAAUUGGUAGUUUUCUAAUGCGUUUGACUGUCAACAUUCUACGUGGUUCAGAUGCUAAGGAAUUCGUUUCGAUUAUUACGCAUAUUUUUUAUUUGGUUGGAGUUGCUUCUCCUAUGCUGUUAUCAUUGUUCGUGGAUGACAUUUUAUCUAUACUGUGUCGUAUCGAAGGUACGUUGGAUUCACAGUUCUUGGAGUUGAUACAAGAAGAAUAUGGGAUGGAAUUUGGUCAUCGUAUUACAGAUGAAGAGUCGAUAAGAAGGAGAAAUAGAAACUAUUCUAUGCAUAUGACUUCAUCGACUUCCAACUCACUAGACGCUGAUCCAUUUGAAAACGAAGAUAUUGAUGAAUUCAAUAAUACUUCGACUGAAUUCAAUCGUAAUUUAUACAUGCAAAUGAAUGAAGAUGCGUUGAAGAGUUCAUGGGAAAUUGGAAGAAGAACUACCUCAGAGGAUUGGGAAGAGUGGAUGUCGAAGUUUAGUGUUGCAUUGUUUAGAGAGAGUCCUUCUGUUGCUAUUCGGUCAUGCUCUCGAUUGGCAGAAGUUUACACUCCAAUGCUAAGGGAAUUGUUUAAUGCCGCUUUCCUAAGUUGUUGGAUAUCUUUACAACAGAGUGCUCAACACCAUUUAGCUCGUGUUAUUUCAGAAGCUAUGCAUUCUGAGAAUAUUCCUUUGGACGCUUUGCAGAAUUUAUUAUCUUUGAUAGAGUAUAUGGAACAUGAUGAGAAGCCUUUGCCUUUUAAUGUUAGAAGCUUAGCGAAGAUGGCAUUCCGUUGUGGAGCAUUUGCAAAGGCCUUGAGAUAUAAAGAAGCUGAAUAUGCGGAAGUGGAAAAUUCUCAAUCUGCACUUUCAGCUGUGGCUGGGCCACAUGGCUUGAUUUCUAUCUAUGACAAGUUGAAUCAACAAGACUCAGCCGUUGGAAUACUUGAAGAUGUAGAAAUGCGAUUUGGUAUUGAAAGACGGCAAGAAUGGUAUGAGAAAUUGCAACAAUGGGACGAGGCUUUAGCAGCCUAUGAUGGAAACUUAAAUUUCAAAGAGACCCGUAUAAACAAGUUCGACACUCUGAACAUCACCAGUUUGAGUUCUAAGCCACUGUUAUCAUCACAACCACAACCUUUCUUGGAUGAUCCUCUAGAGGAACCUUUUGUGAUAUUAUCAGAAUCGGAUCGUUUGUUUGGUAUUUUGAGAUGUCUUGAAGAACUAGGUUAUUGGCGAAGAGAAGAGCAGCUAUGUGAAGAGAUGUGGGAAUGCGCUUCAGAAAGUGAUAAGCGUAAGAUAGCGGAACAAGGUGGAGCUUCUGUUGCUUUGACUUUGCAAAAGUGGAACGAAUUCGAGGAAAGAAUUCCAUACAUUUCCAAUAAUAAGCUGUUGAAAGUUUGUUGUGAAGCAAUUUUGCAGAUGAAGAAAAAGAAUUAUGAUAUGGCGGAGUCUUUGAUUGAUAGUUCUAGGAAGUAUUUAGAUAUUAGGUUAAAGGCCCGAGCAGCAGAGGGUUACGAAAGAGCAUAUUAUGAUGUAUUGAAUGCAGAAAGAAUUGUGGAAUUGGAGGAAGCAUGUGCGUUUUUAAGAAAUCCUACAAGUUCCAUGAAGAGGAAUCUUGCGGAACUUUGGAGUGCGAGACUUAAAGGGUUGCCUUAUAAUUAUUUUUAUUGGUAUCAAUUGAUUAGAACGAGGAGCUUGGUGUUUGAGCCUCAAGAAACCAUGCAACAAUGGAUUCAGUUUUCCAAAUUGUGUAGGAAGGCUCAAAGGUAUCCUAUGGCUGCCAAUGCCAUCCGAUUUCUUUUAGCUUAUCCCGAAGCCAUGCCUGAUGAGCAACCGUCUUCAUGGGAUGUUGAGUUGGCAAUGAAGGAUUCACAUCCUGAAGUUUCCUUUGCAUUGUUAAAGCAUUUAUUUGAGACAGAUGACAGGGUCAAAGCUUUUAAAAUGUUAAGGAUGGAAGCGUCAUCUGAAAUAAGAGACGAUGAAGGGAAUCUUGCUGCUCGACGUUAUUUGAAGCUUGCAAAAUGGGCUCGACAACUAGAAGAGGAAAAAGCACUGCUUCAAUUGCAAGGACAGGAUGAUGAAGAUGACUUUGAUGAAAAGUUGGAUUUGUCAGCAAUAGAAAUGGUUCAACGCCUAGAUGAACUUAGUGCAAGACAUAUAUCUCCAAAGGCAGUGCUCCAUUACGCUACGAAAGCAACAGAACUUAGUCCUGAUUGGUUCAAGACUUGGCAUGUAUGGGCAUGUAUCAAUGCAGAACUUAUUGAAACAGCUGGCCGCUCUUUCCCAAAGAAAGGAAGUGCUUACUCACAAGAACAAAGUCGGGAAGAUGAUCCAAAGUCUACAAAUGAUCGCUCCAAAUUAUUGGUUAUCGCUGCUAUUACUGGCUUCUUUAGGGCUGUUUCGCUGUCAUCAGGAAGUGCUUCUCGCUUGCAAGACAUUCUUCGUUUGUUAACAUUGUGGUUCCGAUAUGGACACAUACAAGAAGUAAAUAUUUCUGUAAAUAGUGGUGUUGCUGCGGCUGAAGUGGACACUUGGUUGGAAGUUAUUCCACAGCUCAUAGCCAGAUUGCACGUGAAUAAUCAAGCAGUUCGAAGCGCUAUUCGAUCUUUGCUGAUUCGAAUUGGAAGAAGACAUCCACAAGCUUUGGUUUAUCCUUUGCAUGUUGCAACCAAAUCGACAAAUAAGAUUCGCCGAGAAACAGCGGAAGAAGUAGUCCAUUCCAUCCGUUUUCAUUCUCCGACCUUAGUAGAGCAGGCAGAAAUGGUAUCGAAAGAGUUGUUGAGAGUAGCCAUUCUUUGGCAAGAACUUUGGCAUGAAGGUCUAGAGGAGGCUAGUAGAUUGUAUUUUGGUGAGGGAAACUCAGAAGGAAUGUUGGAGAUUCUCGAACCUCUUCAUGAAAUGAUCGACAAUGGUGCAGAAACCAUUGCAGAAAUGGAAUUUCUACGAGACUUUGGACAGGAUCUAAGAGAUGCUGCCAGCUUUUGUGAGCGUUAUAAGUCAAGUGGGAAGGAAUCGGACAUGAAUCAAGCUUGGGAAAUAUACUAUCAAGUUUUCCGGAAGAUCAAUAAACAAGUACCACAAAUGACUUCGUUGCAUCUUGCGAAUGUUUCUAGUAAACUUCUCAAUGUUCGAUUCUUAGAAUUGGCAGUCCCUGGUACCUAUCGUUCUGAAGAAAACUCCAUUGAGAAGAAUUCAAUUGUACGAAUUGCAGCCAUCGAUCCGACAUUGCAAGUUAUCAGUUCAAAACAGAGACCUCGGAGACUUACCAUGUAUGGUAGUGAUGGCAAAGAGUAUACUUUCUUAUUGAAGGGACAUGAAGACUUGCGACAGGAUGAAAGAGUCAUGCAGUUAUUUGGAUUGGUAAACGAUCUCUUAUCCCAGAAUAUAAAGACCAACUCUAAUCAAUGCAAGAUCAAGAGGUUUUCAGUGAUUCCUCUGAGUCCCAAUACAGGUCUUAUUGGUUGGGUUCCAAAUUGUUAUACAGUACACAGCAUUAUUCGCGAAUAUCGAGAGCAGAGAAAGAUAGUUCUAAAUAUAGAACAUCGAUUGAUGCUUCAAGUUGCUCCCGACUAUGACGAACUUACCUUACCUAUGAAAUUGGAGGCUUUUGAGCACGCCAUUAGUAACACGAAUGGUUUUGAUAUUAGCAAGUCGAUGUUUCUAAAGAGCAAGAAUUCUGAAGUUUGGUUGGCUCAUCGAACGAUGUAUAUUCGUUCAUUGGCCACCAUGUCUAUGGUAGGCUUCAUUCUUGGUCUUGGAGAUCGCCAUCCUAGUAAUCUAUUGAUGGAGAAAGGAAGUGGAAGAAUCAUCCACAUUGAUUUUGGUGACUGUUUUGAGGUAGCCAUGUUGCGUGAGAAGUUCCCUGAGAAGGUCCCUUUUCGUUUAACUCGCAUGUUAGUGAAUGCCAUGGAAAUUUGUGGAGUAGAGGGAAAGUUUAGACACUCUUGCGAACAGGUUAUGCAGGUAUUACGCAAUCAUCGUGAUUCGUUGAUGGCUGUUUUGGAAGCCUUUGUUCACGACCCGCUGAUUAACUGGCGACUACUGAUGGACAAUGAGAAUGUCCCUCUGAUAGAAACUGUUCCUAUGAUGAAAGAUCAUCAAGGACUGAAUGAAAAGGCCUUAAAGGAAGCAUAUGAACUUUCCAUGCAAGGAGGUGUGAGUUUGUCGGCUUCGAAAAGCUUAUUGAUGGGAAGGACAGGAAUCAGUCUGUCACAAAUGGCUCGUGUCCAUUCGGGAGAGAGUUUGAAAGACGAAGAUGUGUUUCUAUCAUCUAGCAAACGCCCUGAAUAUUCCUUCUCUCUUAGGCCUGGUGAGACACCAGCAGAAGUUGUACUCAGAGACUUGGAAAGGAAAAAGGGUACGGAAGCUAUCGAAACGAUGAAUGAAGAAUUGAAUAAGAGGGCAUUAAGUGUAAUACAUCGUGUGCAAUGCAAAUUGACAGGAAAUGAUUAUGUAGAGUAUGAAGUCCAUUCAGUUCCUGCACAAGUCAGUCGAUUAAUUGCCGAUGCUAUGAAUAUUGAAAAUCUUUGUCAAUGUUAUGUUGGUUGGUGUCCAUUUUGGUAAUAAAAAUAUUUUUCUGUUUUUGUU